CGGCCUGGAGGCGGUGUGGCGCCUGGCGCUGGCGUGCGGGGCCGUGCCCUCCGUGCUCGCCUUCGCGCUGCGCCUCCAGAUGCACGAGCCUGAGGAGGCCGCGGCGCCAGCGGCGGGCCACGGCCAUGGUGAGCAGUGGCACGAGAUUCGGGAGGUGUUCAGAUCGAAGUGGCACGUGUUCACCGGGGCGUGCGUUUCCUGGAUGCUAUUCAAUUUUGUCGGCUACGGCCAGAGCACGUUCUCGUCAAUCAUCUGCGAGCAGAUGCUGGGGCUCGCUGGCAACAGCGUCUACAGUGCUGUGUCCAGGGACGCGUGGUUCGCCUUGGUUCUGGGCAUCUGCGCGGCCAUGGGCAACCUCGUCGGCUUCGUGCUUGAGGCAAAGACCUCCCGCUGCGGCCACCAGCUCAUCGGAUUCGCCGGGAUGGCGACCUGCAACCUGGUCAACGGGACGCUGCUCGGGGUCCUUCCGCAGAGCAUGGCCUGGCUGCUUGUCGCCAUCUUCUGCGUGAACGCCGUGGCGCACGCGCAGGUCGGCAUCACGACCUACCUGGUUCCGACCGAGAGCUUCCCCGCCGUCGCCAGGGGGACGUGCGUCGGGCUGUCCGCCGCGUGCGGCAAGGUGGGCGCUGCCGUCGGCACGGGGCUGUUCCCCACGGUGCAGGCGACGCUGGGCCUGGGCAGCGUCAUGACCUUCUGCGGCGGCCUGCUGCUGUUCGCCUGUGUCGUCACCUGGAACAUGACCCCCAGGGGCGGCGACCUCGCGAAGGGCAGCCUGGAGAGGCAGGACUUUCGGUGGUAG